UUUUAGUAACAUGUGCCAAUACAAGUUGCACAACUGAAGAUAUUUACUACAUUCUGAAACGUCGUAACCUAGAAUGCAUUUUAUGAAACGAAUAGUCAGUUUCAACUGUUUCCAAAUCACCAACUUUCACUAAAUUCAAUGCGCACGCCAUCAGUGACCGUAAAUUAAGUCAGAGGCACUUUGUAUGCCGGGUGCACAGGUUGAACGAGGCAAAUGUGACGUCAUUCAUUGUUGUUAAACAUCGGCAGCUAUACUGGCAACGCACUCGGCAGUUGUGGGUUGCAAGCAGGCGGAAGGAUAGUGAUAAAUACGGACGUAGGUUAGGCCUGAUAUAUGAGAGCCAUAUCAGCGUAAAACAUCACGUAUCUUCCCGUGAAAACUACUUCCCAUCGCUGGAAGGCAAUAAAGAUAGAAAGGAUGUCGGAGGAACGCCUGACAUUAGAUCUGUUUAUUUUUGCGGACAUCGGAUUAGAAAAGGAGAAAAUAGUAUAAAAUCUUUUAUUGGUCAAAAAGAGACAAGACUGUGGAAACAAAUGAAUAUACUAUGUGCAGAGACUGGAAGCCAUAAGACAUUGAAAUGGGUGUGGGGGAGGAUAGAGAAAAUUCCCCAUUCUUCAUGCCCAAGCCUGACGAUGAUGGUUCAGAAUUUCAUCUGAAUGACGAGCUCCGUCUUCUUGCACAGACAGAACUGCGUGAGGAUGAUGCAACACGUCAGCAGGCGCUUCAACAAAUGAGGGACUGGAUACAAAAACACCCAGAUAUCAAAUGUUGUCGUACAGAUUCGGCAUUUCUGUUACGUUUUUUGCGCACCAAGAAGUUCAGCAUUCCACUAGCACAGGAAAUGCUGGAGCGCUACCUCGUGAUCCGUCAGCUGUACCCUCACUGGUUUCGAGGACUUAACAUCGAUGAUCCUCCUGUCUCAGAACUCCUCGAAGAGGGAUACAUUGUGCCUCUUCCGCAAAGAGAUGACUUUGGUAGGCAAGUCAUCUUAACAUGUGCUGCACGUUUUGAUCCCUACAAGUACACAUCAGUGCACAUGGCAAGAUGCCACAGCUUGGUAGUCGAGUGUCUCAUGGAUGAUGAAGAGAACCAAGUCCGAGGAUAUUCCUAUUGCAACGAUGAGUCUGGACUUACCAUGGGGCACAUAAGUUUGUGGUCUCUGAAUGAUAUACGCAAGAUCUUGCAGUGUAUACAGAAUUCUACACCAAUGCGCCACAAAGCAACACACUUCUUCAAUGUUCCACAUUAUGCCAAUAAAGUUUUUGAAUUUUUUAUUGCACUUCUAAAUACAAAACUCAAGAAUCGUAUCAUGCUGCAUGCAAGCAUUGAUGACCUGAAGGAUGCAGUGAACCCAAAAAUCCUUCCUAAAGAGUAUGGAGGAGAAGUCCCUCUUGCAGACAUGAUAGCUCAGUUCAAGAAGCGCCUUCAAGAGAAACAUGAAGCAAUAAAGGCACUGGAUAAAAUGGAAAUUGAACUGAAUCCAAAAGGAAAAUAUGUCGCUGACAUAGAAGGUGAACUAGCUGGCAUAGCUGGUAGCUUCCGCCAACUUCAGGUUGACUGAUUAAAUCCAGUGAAGGGUACUAGUCAGAAACCAGUGUGAAUAUUAUAAAUUUUACAGGAUCUCAUGAAUCAUGGUAGUGAUUCUAAACAGAAAUACUGUGAGAUUUCCAAGGAUGGUAGAAGUUAAGCUAUAUUUUACCUGCAAGCAUCUGUAUAAACUGGUUGAAUGUUACACUUGAAAUUACUAUGUUAGGUGUAGAAUUUUAUAUUUAAACAUAAGACAUUUUUUGCUACUGCCAUUGCACAGUUCUUGUGUAUAAUUCUGCAGAUUAAAACUCAUAUUUCUGUAUUGGGAAAGGAUAAAAGCUGAUCUUUCCAGCAUUCUGUCGGUUUUGUGAAUUUAUUGUCCGAUUCUUUUAUCUUGGCUGCAGAUUUUCACAUAAGGGGAAGCAUGGUAGGAGUAUGAGAGGCUAUACAAUGGGCAAUAUGUAAUGUCUAAUGAAGGUACUGAUAAUAAAAGGGCCACAUAUUGCAAAUAAAGAACCUUACCUGCUCACAGAGCCAACUGGAUAAAUCACAUGCCACUUUAAUACCUGUUUGUGGUGGAUUGAACCUACUCCAUCAGUGAUAAUGUGAGACAGGAGUCUCUAGCAGCAUGUACAAUUUUGGAGCUCUACCUGAAAAUGCAUCACUUUGUCCAAGUGGUCAAAAACUUUUUUAAAAAUGAAUGAUUUCUUACAUUCAGCCAUGAUGUGCUUGUGUUUCUUCUAUGUGAUGGUAAAGUGGUUCAUAGUUCACUCAUUUUACUGAAAGAUUUAAAAUUGUUUUAAUAUUAAUGUAAUACCUUCUGUAGAUUCUUAUUACCCUGCCCACAGAAUAUAAUAGCUCAAACUGAUCCUUGCCAGUUACAUUUUCAGAAGUCUUUUCAUUUUUAUUUCAUGUAAUGCUUCUGACUAAUAAAGACAAGACAUUUUAUCAAUUUAUUCUCCAGAACUAUUUAGGAAACAUAAAUAUAAGUUUCUACAAGUAGGCAUAAGUGAAAUUAUCCACAGGUUUUUUAAUAAAUGUUACAUUCUGUCUACCUUGUGACAAAAGUCACAUUUUUAUACUGUGAAAUCAACAUACACUCCAUAUCACUAGAAUAUAAGUAAUAUAAUUGUUUUACUUGAAUGCUGAGGAUAUGUUGUUAUUAAAGAUAAUUAUUGUUUGUGUAUCUAGAGCAUAUAUAUAUAAAAUACUGUUAUAGUUUUAAUAAAAUAUAUUCACAUUUGUUGCUGGUGGUAUAAAGUUACCAAGAUUUCUAGAGAUGUAUUCAUUAGAAAUCCCUCAAAAAGGGAAAUUUUUCUGUGAAGCAUGCAUCAGAAUUUAGAAUAUGAUUUAUAAUAAUAUAUCCACACUUCUUAGUAUGUAAGAUUCAUCUUUUUCCAUAACCUCAUUAUCAGGUGAUGGAACAGUGUACAUAUCAGGAAACUUUUAUAAAAGAAAGUAAAUAAAAUAGGUUUUCUUGUUAAAAUUGUUACAUUGUUUUAAUUUUAUUAUGCUUUAGCUCAUAAAUCAAACGGAUGCCGAUACAUGUGGGGUAGCCUCAUGUCUAUUGAAUGAUAUAAACUAUAUUCACUAUUCUAAGUUAACUGGCUUUAUUGUUGCUCAGAAAUAUAUUGGAUAAACAUGUUAAUGGUGUAUUAGAUAAAUGAUACAAUAUUAAUUUUAAGUCCCUGUAACGGGUAGUAACCUAACCAAAUUCAUUGCAUUUUUAAUAUGUUGUUGUAUGGAUACACUCUACAGCAACAACCAACUAACUUUUACAUAAACCUGACAUUGCAUAUAAACAUUACUGUACUCAAACAAGGGUAGUUCUGGUGCAUUUUGGAAGGCAUCCUGAUAUUUGUUUAGGUACAGUAAAGUCAAACACAUGGUGUAGCCUAAGGGUGACAAGGGGAGUCAAUCACCCACAAAAUAUAAGAUAUGUAAUACAGUUUUCUGGAAACUCUGAAAAAUUAUGUAGUACAAAAGUCAGAUAGUAUACAGCAUUGUCAAUUCUAGUGUUAAGAAGGAAUACAAUAUGAUUUUUACAGAACUACAUGCAAAUAUAAUUUUAAAACUAUACAAAUAUAAGAACUUACAGCUUUUUUAAUCCUCAACCUCUGUUUGAAUCAGAACUGUCAGCCUGUUUAAAUAAGAGUAUUUUGUGAGCUGUUAAUAAUUAAGUUCUGUAAAGUGUAAAGCUGUUGUAACAAUGAUAGUGGUCUCAUGCACAUUUCUCUUAACCUAGAGCUGUGUACCAGACCACUUAAUCUUAUAAAACAUGCUGAAUUAUAGUGAAAAUUACUUACAAAGGAAGCAAUAAUAAUUUUUUUGUGCCCAAUCAAUAUUAUUACAACUGUGGCUUGUCAUUCAUUUAGGACAAGCUUCUUUUAUUUAUGUAUCUUAUUAAGCAUUUACUGCAGCUGUGCUUUAUUUAUAGUGGUAUAAAAUGGUAAUGUGUUCCAGCACCUUUUCGAGAAAAAUAAACUGUUAAUAAAAUUGAGAGAAUAA